AUGGCCCAUACAAAGAAUGAAACAACGGGAAGUGAAGACACAAGACACAACAUACUAAAGUACGCCGGCAGACACAACUAUUCAAAUAUCUACGCAACAAGCGCGACCGCAAGCAAACCGGCGGAGAAGGCAGCGAUUCCCACCCUGUUCAACACGCCGCCAUUUGAUUGGGUCGCCGGCGCCGGUGCGAUGCCCGACGGAGGUAAGGCGACAGAUGGAGACGGGGAGGAGGCCGACGGCGGAGGAGACGGCGGCGAGUCGACGGACGCCGGGGAAGGAGAAGCAGGCGAGGUCGCCGGAGGCGGCGUGGCGGACGCAGUCGGGGCUGCGGAAGGAGAGCUCCUCGGCGGCGCAGACACUGUAGGCGGAGAUCCAACCAGAGGCGGCGGCGACGGAGCGGCGGAAGCGGACGGCGAGGACGAUGGAGACGGUAGCGGCGACUGGGCGAGGGAAGAUCCGAUCAGCAAAGCCACGACCAUCAGAAGAGAACAAACCUUGGAAACCGCCAUUGGAGAGCACUGA